AUGAAACGAAUAUCAAGAGUGAACCAAAAAUAUUUAAAAUUUGCAUUGGUUAGUUUUAUAUUUGUAAUAUUAUUCAUAUUUCUGCUGUAUCCAAGUGAGAGUGACUUGGUUCAGAUAGGUCAGAGAGUGCAGCUACAGCAGAAUGAUAUCGAUAUAAAUAGUAGAACUUCAAUAAAGAAAGAGCUGACAGAGGCCGAACGUCACUGGCAACGAGUGCCAGGCAAAGAUUUUUUCGAUGGACUGACGCAGCAGUUCAAGACAGAUGUUUUUUAUUAUAGAGCAACAAAAUCGAUGGACCCUCGCUACAAAGUCACCAUUGUCACACAAGCAACUGUCAAUCGUGUCGACCGUAUCGUAUUGAUGGCCGACCGCUGGAAAGCACCGAUUUCCACAUCGAUUUUCAUCAGGGAUCCCGACACAGAGUUAGACCAACUCAACCAAAUGAUUGCAAACAACCCGAUCCUGAUGAAAUUCGUUGAUUUCCAUUUGUUGUAUGCCAACAACACAAGAUAUCCAGUGAACAACCUCAGAAAUCUCUCAAUACGAAAUUCGCAUACCGACUAUGUUUUGGUGAUGGAUGCCGACUUUAUUCCGCCAUAUGGAAUGCAUGACUAUCUCUUAAAAUAUAUCGAUAACACUGGCAAUGAAGAAAAGGUUGCCUACAUUGUACCAUCAUUUUCCAGUUCACAAGAUCCUAGAAUCUUGCCAAACGACAAACCAACUCUAGUGGAAAUGGUAGAGAAGAAUCUAGUGAAUCCAUCCAACUUGAAUGUCUGUCCAAAGUGUCACUCACCUUCGGAUUACAAUCGAUGGUUCGAAACAACUGUGCCCUACGAAGUCAAGUACAGUUGGAUCUACGAGCCAUACCUAAUUUUCAAUAGAAAUAACACCGAGCUCUUUGAUGAGCGAUUCAAAGGUUACGGAUUCGACAAGAACUCACAUGUUUUUACGAUGGCAGUUUCAGGUUAUCGCUUUAUCGUUCUACCAAAUGCUUUCAUCAUUCAUAUAAACCAUCCGACAUCAACCUGGGAGGGUCCUCGUCUAGACGAACAACAAUGGGAUUGUCUGAGAAUUGUUUGUGAAUUGAUCCCUGCUGUGAAAAAGAAAAACAACUAUGAUAUUAACGAUCGACUAUUUAAUGAACCAUUACCGAAUGAAUGUUUCUCAAGUAGUCAUUGGUAA